CACAUCUGCAUGGAGACAUCCCUGUCCCCGGAGUGCAGCAUGGACCCCAGUUUGUCCUGGCCCAGUGGAAACGCACCCUUGAAGCCUUCUUUGCAGUGUUGCACCCACCACAGAAUCCUCGUGGGCUACAGAAAGUCAGAAAUUAGGUGCCAGAAGGUUUACCAGGUCUCCAUCUUCUCCCAUCACUCCAGCUCUUCUGAGAGCAUGGAGCAGCAAGCUGCCAGCCAGCCAGCCAUCAAAAGGGGUUACCCUGAGCAACAAACUCUGAAGGGGGGGCAAGAUCUCAAACAAACUCCCUGGGGGGGUGGUGGGGUGGAGAGCAAGCAUGAAAAGGGCCCUGGGCAGCCUUGUCUGGAUAAUGACAAUACCUUUGAGGAUGGUCUGCUGGUGGAAGAGCUGUCCCUCUGCAGCUCUGCCCAGCACUUCUCCCACAGUGGACUGCAGGUAGUAGAGCACCACUGUGAGGGCAGCCCUAGCCAUAGCUCCAAGGCCAGCAGAGAGGACAAGUUGCAGGAUGUCUCCUCCUCCUUCUGUCACAUUGCUUGCAGUACUUUGCACACAAAAGAUGGUUUCCGUGUGCUGCCAGGGGAUCAGCCCACAGACUCUGGGGAUAACAGGGACUGGGUGAGUGGCCACAACCUACUUUACCUUGAUUUGCACAAUAUUGCACAAACUCCCCAGUUGGACUCUGGUGGGAAGAUAGAGAAGCCAGGGAGCAGUCUGGCUUACAGCAGCAGGGUUAACAGAGAAGAGGAAUGGCUAGUGGUGGCCAAUGGAUGCAAGGAGCCACCAGCUCCACAGGCAGUGCUCAGCCCUGAGCCCGGCAACCUGAGCUCCCUGGAAAAGACACCCUGUGGGAGCAGCUGGCUCAGUGGCAGCAGUUGCCCAGGCAAAAGGAAGCUGAUGCCUGAUAGCGAGGUUGUGGCUGACUCCUACUUUGAGGACAAGAGCCUGUUCCCACCAGUGAGGAAGAAGAGAGCCCUGUCAUGCCACCCAGUGUCCAUGGCCUGCCACAGCGCCAAUGCCAAGAGGGCACCUUACUGGAAUCACCUGCUUCCCAUGGCCAAGGACUCCGAAGGUGGCUGGGGCGGCUCACGUCCUGAUCCACUCCACGCCGGCACCGAGGGAUUCUCGGGGAGUCAUCGGUUCGUGCCCGACCCCUGCGCCUGUCGGACGACUGUGAGGAGGUUGCUUAUUGAAGCGGUGGAGGAGUGA